AAUAUUUUUUGCUUCCUUUUACAAAUCGACAGAACGCGUGUUUCCACUUCAGUAUAGAGUUAACAGUGUUUCGAGCAAAUUCAUUUAUUAUUUUCCUGUGAUUUAAAAUGUUAUUCAAAUUUGAAUGCAAAAUUAUUUAAUCAACUUUCAAUAUAAGUUUACUUUGGUUGAUAAAAUGGGAAGUACAAGAUGUAAAAGACACUGGAAUAUUCAAAGUUAAAUUUUCUAAUGGGAAGAAGAAAUAGGAGGCUAUACACUGAUGGAAAUGGACCCUUAGAAUAUACCAACACGAUUUCUCCAUUUAUUCAGGACUUUAACUGGCCUAAGCCAGGUCAAAUCCCAUACAGACAAGCUUUUCAAGAUGUCCCCCAAAUUCCUGGAAAUCAAGUAACAAUGUUUUCCGAUACAGGAAAUAAUGGGCAAUGGAAUCAGGAUCACAAUCAAAACCCGUCAUAUGGAAAUAACUGGUUCAGGUCUAGGUAUCAUUCAACCUGGCAACAGAGACCUUAUAGACCAUCACAACCACGAAGCGAUAACAAUAACAACUUUAGAAACAAUACAGAACGUACAAAUAACAUUGCAAUAAAGACCAUAGAUGUUGUGAAACAGAGUGAUGUAAUAAAGAAGACAUCAGUCAAAAGCAAAGUACAAAAGCCUCUUGAAGAUGCCAAGAAGAAACUUCAGCGUGAUAAUCCUAAUUUAAAACCAGUUGAAAGAAAAUCUGAACCUUUAGAAUUAGUACAAAAAAGUGAUAGUAAUAAAGCCAGUGAAAAUUCAAAAUUAAAAUCAGCGAAAACCAAAUAUGAUUCCAAGACUGAACUACAAAAAAAUGUUUUUAAACCUAAAGAAGUAAAACAAGUGGAGUCUAAACCUAAAAAAUCAGUAGCAAAAACCAGUGAUAAACCCGAAAUAAUUACAGACACUUUAAAACUAAUGUUAUUAGAAGAAGGUUCAAAAAUUACCACUGAUAAACAAAAAUGUCAUAGACCUAAAAGUAUUAACGACAAACCACCGAAAUAUGUUAAACAAAACCCAUUAAAAGAAGUUGUUAUCAAGCUAUCCAGAAACGUAUAUGCUACUACUGUUGCUUCCAAAAAAGAAACUGAAGUUGAAGAAAAGGAGAAAGUUUUGGACGAGCAAGAAUCACCGAUAAGAAACGUUAGAGUUCAACGAAGGAUAUACGAUUCCGACGUAUUUGGUGGGAUUGACACCACCAAAUCAUAUUUAACUAAUAUUAAAAAUAACGAAGAAAGUCCUGAGAAAAGAAUGAAAACCGAACAAAUAAACAUGUACGACAAAAUCAAAAUGCAACCCAGAGUCAAUGAUAACAACGACGACUUACUGAAAUUACUAAGCCAACAGCGGACUGAACGAAAUUAUAAUUUAACUAAAAGAAAAAAUAACAAUAUCGACGAAACUCCAACGAAAAAAACAAAAACCGAACAAAAAAACGUGCAAGACGACAAAAUCAAAAUGCAACCCAGGGUCAAUGAUAACAAUGAUUUACUAAAAUUACUAAGCCAACCUCAGAUCGAACAAAAGCAUGAUUCUUUGAAUCAACCAUUUCAAAAAAUUGGUAAAAUUCAUGAGGAACCUGAAGAGUCCAUUAAACUGAUCAAGGAAGAAAUCCAGAAGUCAUCAAGCAGUUCUUUAUCAUCAAUUAAGAAAGAUCACCAUAGACACUCUUCUAGUUCAAAAUAUAGACAUCACAAAAGAAGAGACAGUCAUGAUAGCCAAAAAAAUAAGCCAAAGGAGAAUGAUUCAAAACAUUCAAGUGAGAAGCAAACAAAAGACAUGGCAAAAUCAAAAAAAUUGCAAUCAAAAAGAAGUUUUGAGUUGUUCGGUUCACCGGACAAGGAGUUUAAAAAACUGGACGAUAUCCGAAGAAAAGCUGCCGAAGUCACUCUUAAAAUUGAAGCUAAAACGAAGAUAGCUUCGCAAAAUUUUGACAUAAUGUUGGAGGGUGUCACCAAGGAAUUCCAACCGGAUAAACCUGUUUAUGAAACGGCUUCAUCAGAAAUACAACAUGCAUGCAUGAGUGAACACGAAACUGUUCCACCUAUAGAUGUUUAUAGAACUCUAACCAAAACCCAAGUGGUUAAAGUUAACGUUAAGAAAGAUGCAAAAGUCGAGAUUGAUGUUAUAGAUCUUACAGAAGAUGUUAAAAAUGAAAUAAACCCUGUAGUAACAAAACCUGAAGUUGAGGGAUUGACUCUAUACAAAAGUUCGGAAUGUCAAGCCAUAGAGGCUUCAAUAGGUGUAGUAAACACGUUAUUGGAAAUUGAAGGAAAGGUAGAACCAUGCACUCAGGCAUCUGAAUCAAUUAAACCCAUUGAAAAUCAAUCUUCUCAAGCACCUCCAGUGAAAGUCGUUUCAGAUAUCAGAAUUGCUCCAAUUGACAAGCUUGCAAGUCUUGUGGACGACCUACAGUUAUUUUCAAAUGAUACUCAACCUGAACUAACAACUAUGCUGCAAUCGAUGCUAGCUCAGAAAGUCCCAGAACAACAAAACCAAUCUGCAUCGUCGUUAUUUUCCAACAUACCUUCUCCACCACGUUCUGGCAUCCCUGAGAGACCUUCAUUGCUAGCUCAGAUCCCCUCGAGGGAAUACAUAACACUAACAGAAAAACCUGAGGUGGAACGCGAGAUAGCCAACACUUUCGCGCCGAUAUUAAACUUGCUGAACUGCCUUAAAGUCAGCAAGAGUCUUCUGGAAGCGGUCAGCUACAACUUACACAUGGCGAGCUUAUUGCACGAUUGGCCGAUGAAUUUUGACUUCAAGAAAGUCGUGUGCGAAGUCUGGGUGAUUUUCGUCACCAAGUACAAGCGCAACGACUGCGAGGUGUUGCACGUGUUGGAUCAAUUUUUUAACGUGGUCAGGAGCAUGCCGGAGUCUGUAACGCGCACCCCGUGGAUAAACAAAUUUGGUUACAUGGUGAUUUCGUACAAGAAUUAUAUACUUAUGAGGACUCUCAAUGCUUCAGCGUCCAUGUCAAUCGAACAGCGGUACACCUUACAACAUCAAAUUAAAGCCUACAAUCAGUUGGUUAAUAUUACAAAUCAAUUGGAGGCUUUAUUCAACAAGAUGUCUCCGCAGAUAUUUAAAAAGGCAAGUCAGCAAAUCUUUAUGAGUCCUCAGCACCUUUCUGGUGGUCAAGUUUUGCCUAGAAAUGCGCAUCAACAAAGACAACAGUCUAACCAAACAAUAACUCGGAGGCCUCAAAAUCAACUGAUUGUACAGCAAGUGGAUCCAAAUCCUGUUCAAUUGCAACCAAGUAAUCGGAAUGAACAUGGGUUACAAGUUGUGGGGAAUACAGUUCAGCAUUUCGGUCCAUAUGGUUCAAAUCAAUGCAUUUUAAGAAGUCCACAUCCUAAUCAAAGUUCAAACCUCGUUCAACCAUCGAAAUCACCGAAGGAUAAGACAAUCAGAAGACAAAGUGUGGAAAAAACACCAAGGAGAAGAACUAGCACAGAUAAUUUAAGGCAAGCUUUGUUGCAAAGUCUUUCCCAACAAAAUAUGCCUCGUCCAAAUAAUUCCACAAUUAGUACACCAAAAAAUACUCCGGUGCAUCCUCAACCAUAUACUCGCUCUGACGGACCACCGGAAAUGACAAAUAGCUUUAGUCCUCCAUGUACCACAAAAAGUCCGGUGUACGCCCCAAUAUUCCGGGCACCAAAUCAAUUUGAAUCAAGCGAUGUGGAAGAUACCUCUUCCAACGCUUCCAGUCCUCCAGGGUUCGAUAACUUCCGAAUACGCUUACCGUACUCCACACCGUACAACGAAAUUCAUAAAGAUACCACGCCAUGCGACGAAAAUCCGGAAGCGGAAGCUGUGGUUAAAGAGGAACCGAUACCGAUCAAGGUUGAAGAUUUCGGUGACGGAAAUGUGAUUGAUGUCGACAAGGACUGGUUGGAUGAUCUCGUUUUUUCCGCUUUGAAUACCAUCAGGGUGGAUGAAGAUGCAGAUGAAGAGAUCGCCAGAAGAAAUACGAAUUCAUCUCCAGCAGAUAGUGGGUGUGGCAGCAGUCCACGGGCUGAAUUGUUUGAUAUUCAGAAUAGGAUUUGUCUAUGUGGAGAACGAGCCCUAUUCUUGUGCGCAAAAUGUAUGUUAGUAAUGUACUGCAGUGUUAAAUGCCAGUUGGAUCAUUGGUCAGUACAUCGGCCAAUUUGCCAAAGUAGGAAAAAAUAGGUUGAGAAUAAAUAGAAGUUAAGUUUAAAUGCAUAUACCUAAGCGAAAAUUCCUCAUCUUCUGCAGUAUUUUUAAUUAAUUUUAUAUUUUGUUGAUCGUUGUUUUUCUACGAAAUAAAAAGUUUUGGUUUUCGUUAAAAUACUGUUGUGAUAUUUAAUUGUUUUUCUACAAAAUAAAAAGUUGUUUUACUAAGACUGUAUUUGUGAUAUCUAGUUAGUUGUUAAUGUUUGUUCAGUAGGUACCUGUUUACUAAGCUAAGAAUUUUUACCAUACACGUAACAAUUGAUAUAAUACAUCAAUAAAUAAAUAUAUAUUUAUUACAUAAUAUUACAUCAAAAGUUUUGUUGCAAUACACAGGGUGUCAAAAAAUUGGAGAACUCGCAAAAUUACAGGAGUUAUUUGACUUUUAAAGCCACCAAUAAAUUUUUGCUAAAUGAUGCUGAUGCUCUAUCACUGAGAAAAACAAUUUUCCGACAUCCUGUACAUCAUAGUUUAUGUUUUUGAUGCCAUAUAGAAUUAAUUCUUUAAAUUUCAUAGUUUCUACUAAUCUCUAUUCUAUGAAUAAAAGGUGCCAUUGUUUUUACUUUUAUAUAAAAAAAAUUAGAGAUAAAUAUAUCACUAUUAAUUUAAUAAAUCCUAUUAUGUACUUUUACUUACCCAUUUUCUAACAGCAUCAAUUGUUAUUUAAUUUUAAUAUCUCACUAGAGACCGGAUCAUAAAUCAUAUCUACAAAUUUAAGGAAGUUUUUUUUCACCAAAUUCCUGUUAUCCUGUUAAAAAAUUAAAGAAGGUUUUAAUAAAAAUCGGAUUUAAAUAAUAUUUUAUUUAAUAGGCAAAACAUUGAAUUUUGUUGUACUCAAUCUUGUAAAAUUAACUUAAUAUAGCAAAAUAUACAUUUUUAUACAAAAAAAAAUUAAGAAACAAUAAACUUAAUAUUUACAUUUAAACCUAAUUAAAAUAAAUAUGUAAUUAUUAUAUAACCUACCUUCAUUCAAAAACAACAAAAAAUUUACAAUAAAUCGCUCUUUGUAACAAACAUGAUUUUAGUUAAUUGUUUAAAUUAUGCAUGAAAUUAUCAAAGUUAAAAAUAUUAAGACGAGGCAGUCUUUCAUUGGAAAUUGUUAAAACUAUUUUAUAAAAUCUAACAAUAUAAUGGCAGUGAAAGUAAUAAGUACUUUAAUUAUUUUAUUAAUUAAUUAAACGGCCAAUUUUCUGUAGAAAUAGAUUUUUCUCGUUUCCCCUUGGUCUGACAAAAAAAGUGUUAAAACAAAAAAUAUACAGCUUUAAAUUUUGAAUAUAUUUGUAUUAUGGCAAAAUUUUCUGUAUUUAGAUCCUAAACAAAAUAUAAAAAAUUGUUUUGUCAAAUUUGGCUCCCUCUAUCUUGCCUGUAAACAAAUGUGUUCAAAAUUUCAAGCUGUACAUUUUUGGUUUUAAAAAAAAAUUUGUCCGACCAAUAGGAAACAAGAUAUAACGAUUCGGUUUUUUUCUUAAAAAAAUGGCGCCCGAGCAGGGAACAUAGAUUUGGGCAUUCCACCAUAUACAAAGUCCAGCCAGUUUGGAAUUUUUUCGAUGUCCAAAUGGAGUGCAUUUCAGAGGUAAGAAGUACACAAAAUUAAAUAAAGACUUUAAGUACUGUUCUAUGUACAAAAUCUAGCACCUAAUUAUAUUAUAUCACAUGUAGACCUGUCAAAGGUCAAAAACGUAUUUUUGAUACUACCUAUGACCCUUUCAAGGGCUCCUUUUCUUCCGAUGAUAAAAUCGCCCCCUUUAACGUGGGAUCUUUUGUAUGGCGAUUUCUUUUGAAGAAGCCGCAUUUCCAUAGAACCACUAUUAAAAUUACUAGCAGCAAAAUUCCAAUAAGAACUGCCACUAUGAUGUACCAAUAACUAAGGCUUGUUUGUAUGCUUUCCGGAUACAACUUUGUAUCAGCCUGUAUGGAAAAUUAUUUGUACAUCAAAUUUUUAAGUCAAAACAAGUUGCAACUUACCGCUGCAUAAUCCAAUGUGUUGUUCUUCAGUAUAAACUCCUUGUCCAAAUUGAUUUUGGCCCUGGAUUUGAUCGAAAUCCAGUCCACAGUUUUGUAGUCUUCGGCCAAAGUCGAGUUCCAAAGCCUUGAACGGACCUCGAACUUGACCUUAAGAUUUUUUUCCAAUCGGUCCACUUUGCAUUGAAUUUUGACGCAGCGAGCCGAUGCCGGGUCGUCU